GCGUGAGCCACCACCCCCGGCCUGCCCAGGGGUUUUCAAACCAUGAAAAGAUCAAGUGAAUUAUUUGCAGAGCACAAGAGACUCAGCUGGGGCUCAAACCCGGGGCUGCUGGACUCAGUCCCUGGAGGCCCCUGCCCAAGCCUGGGCCUGAAGGAGAAAGGCCAUGGUAAAAGGCCACCUGGGUUAGCCCAGCUCAGCUGAGGCCACAGCUGCUGUCAUCCCAGGCUCCCUGGCCAGCCCUGCGCUGACACAUCCUGCCCACUCCCAGGGAGGGGAUUAUCGCCCCAACGUCUCCAGAUAACAGCCGGCACACAGGGCUACAAUGGGGACCCACAGACAGGCGUCCCACCCCCCGCCAGCGGCACCAUGGCUUUCCUCUGGAUCGUCUCCUGUGGGCCCUCCUGGGCGCCGCCUUCGGCGAGGGCCGGGCCCCGCGGAGGCUGAAGGGUUGUCUCCCCUCACUCCCAGCCCCGAGGCCAGCAAGGGGCAGCAGGGUCCCAGUUCCCAGUGUAGUUGUGCACCACAGUGUGGGCCUGGGCGAGUCACCGGCUCCAUCUCUGCCGUGGGCACUGCAAGACCUGGACCAGGUCACAGCUUCCCUCCCAGGCUCAGCUGCCACCUUGGAGCUCAGGAGCUGGGGAGCCCCACUCCCCUUCCUCACCCCCAGCCGACCUGAGGCUCCCAGGGGAGGAGGUAGGUGUCUGGGGGGCCGCCCUGAGGCCUUCAGGAAACCCCCCAACAGUCAGUGGCCCCAGUACAGGCUUGGGUGGUGAGCAUGUGGGCAGCUGGGGCUUGGCACCGUUCAGUCCAAACCUUUCAGGCGAGCCUCAUCCUUUUAAACUCCCGCUUACGGAGCACUUCCCGGGUGCCAGGAGCAGAGCUGGCGCUCUGCCUGCUCACUCUUCCAAACCUGAGAGGUCAGAAACGGUGUGAUCCCCACUUUGCUGAUGGGGACACUGAGCGGCUUAGCUGGGCAGGGAGGGCGCCAGGGUCAAAUCCACAGAGUCUGGCCUCCCAGCUUGAGUGUCGGGACUGCACGCUCCACCUGUGUGGCUUCUCUGAACUGAGGAGGGGUCAACACCCCAUUCCUCAGCAGCCCACAGUCCAGUGCCUUGGACUCAAUUGUACCCGGAGAUUCCAGCACUGGGGAGAGGAGAGCCAGGGCCAACUUCUCAGAGGAGGGGAUGUGGGAGCCAUCCUAGGUCCCAGACACUGGAAAAGAGUUGGGAGUGAGAGGAGGCUGGAGCACUGAGACCUGGGUGAGUGGUACCCACCCCUCAGCCCACUCCUGCCCCCAGGCUGCGGGGUCCCUGCCAUCCCCCCCGUGCUCAGCGGCCUGACCAGGAUCGUCAAUGGGGAGGACGCCGUCCCUGGCUCCUGGCCCUGGCAGGUGUCCCUGCAGGACAAAACCGGCUUCCACUUCUGCGGAGGUUCCCUCAUCAGCGAGGACUGGGUGGUCACCGCCGCCCACUGCGGGGUCAGGUGAGGACCGGGCAGCCUCGGGCUCUGCUUCCAGCCCAGCUGGGUGGGAGGGGAGCAGGGCAUGUUCUCUCACCCACAACGCUCUGCCCAGGACCUCCAAUGUGGUCAUGGCUGGGGAGUUUGACCAGGGCUCUGAUGAGGAGAACAUCCAGGUCCUGAAGAUCGCCAAGGUCUUCAAGAACCCCAGCUUCAGUAUUUUCACCGUGCGCAGUGACAUCACCCUGCUGAAGCUGGCCACACCCGCCGUCUUCUCCCAGACGGUGUCCGCCGUGUGCCUGCCCAGCGCCGACGAUGACUUCCCCACGGGGACAGUGUGCGUCACCACAGGCUGGGGCAAGACCAAGUACAACGCCAACAAGAUCCCUGACAAGCUGCAGCAGGCGGCCCUGCCCCUCCUGUCCAAUGCCCAAUGCAGGAAGUUCUGGGAGAUGAUCUGCGCUGGGGCCAGCGGUGUCUCCUCCUGCAAGGGUGACUCCGGCGGCCCCCUGGUCUGCCAGAAGGACAGAGCCUGGACCCUCAUGGGCAUUGUGUCCUGGGGCAGUGGCACCUGCUCUACCUCCAGCCCUGGCGUGUACACCCAGGUUACCAAGCUCAUACCCCGGGUGCAGGAAAUCCUGGCUGCCAACUGAGGCCGUGGCUCCCUCCGACCUUGCUCCCCACAGAACUUCAGUAAACCUGUGGAGCACA